AGAUAUGUAGAAUACCGUAUAUAAUUUUUUUUGCAGACUUAUCUAUUUGAAUAAAUAUUAGCUUAACAAUGACGUCUAUAGAUCCUACUGAUUAUGUAGAAGCCAGUGAAGGAAAUGGAUUAAGAUUUAAUGAUGAAAGGCAACAAGCCAAAUUUGAACUUGGAGUUUGUAUGGCAGUAUAUCAAUGGGAAGAAUUAAAUACUGCUGUUGAAAAUUCGUGGGGUGGAGCUAAUUCGGCUGAGAAGAGAGAUUGGAUAUCGGGAAUAGUUAUAGAAUUAUUUGAUGAAAAAGUUGUAGAUAUUCAAUUAAUAGAAGAAACUUUAUUAUAUGCUAUGGUUGAUGAAUUUGAUACUGAAGUUGAUAAUGAUUCAGCUUUAGAAAUUGGAGCAUUAAUCUUUAAAUUUUAUAAGGAUGUUUCCAUAGGGAAUUAUAAUGAUAUUGAUUUACUUUAUUCUAAAUGGCAAGAAAAGCAAUCUAAAGGUUCAUCUAAUAUUAAUAGAAUACAUAUAGAAGAAGAUCCCAAUAAUCCAGAUGUUUCUGAUAGUGAAGAAGAUGAAGAAGAUGAAGGUGAUAAUGAAGAUAUUCCUCAAUUACAACAAGAAGAUUCUAUGGAAGUAGAUACAGAACCAGUAGGUCCUAUUGUUGAUGAAGAUGGAUUUGAAUUAGUUCAAAAGAAAGGUAGAAGAGGUGGUCGUAGAUAGAUUUAAUGAGAAAAGUACAUAUAGUAUA